CAAUGAAUAAAAUAAUCUAGUACAAAACAAAUUGUUAACCUAUAAUCACCUGAAUUCAUUUUUCAUGUUAAGCAUAAAAAUGAAAAAAGUGGUAUUUUUAGGAAUAUUUUGUAUGUUAAACACUAAUUGUUUAUGUAAUAUAGGAAGAUAUUAUGCAUUUGAUGAUGAAGGGCCAACUUUAUCUGAAGAUAAUGAACGUAUUUUGAAUUUAACUUUACUGACUAAAAAUGUUCUUGAACAUUAUCAAAAUCCUGAUCCUGUUGGAUUACCAGAAGCUAUAACACCACCAUAUUCAGAUCCUGAACCAAUACCUGAUACAGACAGUCCUCUGUGGAGUUUGAAUAACUCAACAAUGAAAGGUCAUUCAAAGUUUAGACUAAAAAAAUUAUAUGUCAAUUUGGUUGAUUUACAGUUAGAAUUUGGACUAUCAAUAGAUACAUUAGUGGUAGUAGGAAACUAUUCUUAUUGGAAAAUGUAUGAAGGAUAUUAUAACAUUACACUAAAAGAACUGCACAUAGAUGGCCAACUAACAUUACAAGUUAGUAAAUCUGGACACUUGGAGACUAAUGAUUUAAAUAUGAAUAUGAACUAUGAAAGUUUACACAUGGACACAGAUAAAUCAAGUGUACCAUUUUAUGAAACAUUUGUUAAUGGUUUCACAAAUUUUGUUGUUCAAACUAUUAAGCCAAUAAUUAUGAAAUUAGUAAAUAUAAUGAUUAAAGAUGAACUUGAUGAAAAAAUGAAACACUUUAAGCGUUUUCCUAAUACAAUACCACCUGUGGACUUGCUAAUAGCCGAAAGUCGUCAACAAAUAAAAUCCAUGGGAUAUGAUCCAUGGCGUGUAGAAGAUUUAAUAAAUGCAGUACAUUUUAACAUAUUUAGUUUGGAUAUCAAUGAAAUAUGGAUUUCAGGAUUAUCCAGCAUAUACAGAUUGGGAGAUAUCCAUUUGAGUAUUCAAAAUCAAACAAUUAUAUCUGUUAUACAUAUAGGAACACAAGAACUAAACGGUCAUUGUCAAUGGAAAAUUGGUGCUGCUGGUAUACUUAAAACAACAGGUGUCUUAAGUUUUUCAAUUGAUUAUAUACACCUAGAGGCAAAUGUAACUCAACCAAUGGAUACACGAUUAGCACCAUAUUUAAAUGAGUUUGGAUUAUCAGUAGGAAAUAUUCAGUUACGAAUGGAUGGAGCAGGUACAAUUGAUUAUUUAGCUGAAGCACUCGUCAAUAUUGUUCCAAAUAUUUUAAGAAACAAAAUUGUAGAUGCAAUGGAACUUCCUAUUAAAAAAAGAAUACAGGAUGUUUUAGACAAAGUUGACGUUCAAGAAAAAGUUGAACAACGAAUUCCGCCAAUUAUUGACAAAAUGAUGGAACAUAAUAUUACAGAUAUAUUUAAGGAAAAUGAAAUACUCCAUGAAGAUAUAAAUAUUGUUAGUAAAGAAGAUUUCUAGGAAUUCAAAUUUGUAAACACUAUUCAAAAAUGUAUGAAAUAUUUUUAC